UGACAUAAUUCCUUCCUAGAAAUAGCAACAGUAGAAUCAUCAUUCAGAAACAUGCAUGAUCUGAUGAGAAUGAAUAAAAUAGCAUGAUCUGAAACCAGUCAAAUCUCUCCUAUUCAACAAAUUUCCCCAUCUGUCAUCUACAGCAGAAAAACAGUAACCAAACAUGAACCCUCACGAAUCCACAACAUCUCUCUCUCUAGACUACCUCAACCUCCUCCUCAACGGCCAACCCUUCAGCGACGUCACCUUCUGCGUCGACGGCCGCCUCUUCCACGCGCACCGCUGCAUUUUAGCCGCCCGCAGCCCCUUCUUCCGCAAAUUCUUCUGCGGCCCGGACUCGGCCCGCCAGCUCAUACCCGUCAACUCUGUCGGCCACGAGGUUUUCCUUCUCCUGCUUCACUACUUGUACACUGGGCAACUCUCGGUUGUACCUCCCAAACACUGCUCCUCCGCCCUCGAUCUCGCCCUCGACACCCUCGCCGCCGCCCGAUCCUUCGGCGUCGAUCAGCUCGCUUUCCUCACUCAGAAGCAAUUAACGAGCAUGGUGGAGAAAGCUUCAAUCGAAGAUGUGAUGAAAGUCCUAAUCGCUUCCAGAAAUCACGACAUGCAGCAACUCUGGAGCACCUGCUCUCACCUCAUCGCGAGAUCGGGGCUGCCGCCGGAGAUCCUGGCCAAGCACCUCCCGAUCGACGCCGUCGCCGAGAUCGAAGACCUCCGCCUCAGAUCCUCCUUCAAUCGCCGCCCGAUCCUCCUCCUCGAGGAGGAGAAGAUCCGGCGGAUGCGGCGCGCGCUAGAUGCCUCCGACGUGGAGCUCGUGAAGCUGAUGGUGAUGGGAGAAGGCCUCAAUCUCGACGAGGCUCUCGCGCUACACUACGCGGUGGAGAAUUGCAGCCGAGAAGUGGUGAAAGCGCUGCUCGAGCUCGGCGCCGCCGAUGUGGAUCUGCGCGCAGGGCCCGCGGGGAAGACGCCGCUCCAAAUCGCGGCCGAGAUGGUGUCGCCGGACAUGGUGGCGGUGCUGCUCGACCACCACGCAGAUCCGACGUGCCGCACCGCCGACGGCGUGACGCCGCUGGAUGUGCUCCGAACCCUAACUUCUGAUUUCCUGUUCAAAGGCGCGGCCCCUGGAUCGAAUCACGUCGAGCCGAAUAAAUUGAGGCUUUGCCUCGAGCUCGUGCAGUCGGCGGUUAUGGUGGUUGCUAGAGAGGACGGGACCGCGGCGGAGGCGCCGUGCUCCGCCGCGAUUUUCCCCCAAAUUAGUUAUCAUCACUAUUGACUAUUGACUCUCCCUAUCUGUGAUAGAAUAUGGUGAUGAACAAAAACCAUGCAUGGGGGAAAAUUAAUUGAUUAACUUUAAUAGUUUAAUUU